AACACGCUGAUUGAGUCGGUAAUGGAGGCCGGUAGAGGAGGGAGAGGAGCAGGCCGGGGAGGAGGACGUGGCUCCCAAUGGAGGAGAGGAGGCAGCGCUGGGAUAGGUGAUAACACCGGGACCGGAGAGCGUAGAGCUCGGGGGAGAGGCGGCCGUUACCGCAGCCGAGGAAAAAGAGAUCAUUAUCGGGGAAGAGGACGAGCUCAUCCCGGUGAUGGCGCUGCUGACCUGUUCCGCAGACGUCAUGAUGAACAGAACAACGAAGAAGAAAUCGAAGAAGAGACUCCAGACGUCUUCUCUAGGAGAAAACUGGAGUCUAACUGGGACCGUUAUGAAGAAUCGGAGAAAGCUGAGGCGGAUGAUGACGUUCCAGCGGAAAGAGGAACAGACUACAACGUCCUGCUCAGUUCAGCAGGUGACUCGUUUACUCAGUUUCGGUUCUCUGAGGAGAAAGAUUGGGAGAUGGAUUCACUAGCAGCUAAUCAGGUACCUGCUCUGUUUGUAGACCUGGAAUCUUUAGCCCAGUCCCUCCAGGAGCUCCCACUACACAAGAGGCUUAAUCUGGAACCAGAUCUCGUCCAGGCUUCUACCCCAGUUGAACUUCCCUCAGUAGGGACGCUACACAGGGUCGAUCCCAAAGUUCCUGGUGGAUUUAAGGCUCCUGCUCCAGCACACGCAGGUCAGGAACCAGACCUGGGAGUGACUAGACCAGUAAAGCCUGUUCCGGGGAUCAGUUUGUCCUCCCAUACAUCCACUACCGUGAUCAGUGCAGCAGAUGAUGCAGACGAGGAACUGGAUCUGCUUCUAGGACUGCAGAAACCAAUCACUGAGAUUUCUCACGCCUCAAACGCUGCAGGGGAGUUGCCGACUGACUCAGAGAAAGCAGAAUUAAAGGCCGAGAUUCGAGAAGAAGAUCUGGUGGAGGUCAGGCCAGCAAAUGCAAAAGAAGAGAUGAGAAACCAGCAGAAGGGAGAAGAGUCGGAGCAGAAAGCAGAUUCGGUGAAACAGGAGCUGACUGAGGAGGAUCUGGAGGACUGGUUAGAUAGCAUGAUCUCAUAAACAAAACCUGAGGUUGUGCUGAAGAACAAACAGUGCCAUGAACAUGAACAAUGAUGCUCUGCUUUCUUUAAUGGAAUAUUCCUGGUGUAGUUUCUAUGUACCUAUGUACCACACACAGUCAUUUCAAAAUGUUCAAAUGUACUGAGGAAAAAAAUCUCAAUUAAAUUAGAAAGGGGUCUCUUAAGUAGUGGGCCAUGGAUAUGUGAACAAAAUAAAUACAUUCAGGAAUGUAGUCAAAUAGGUCCGUGUGGGGGGCGUGUGUCGGUUCGCUUUCCUCAAUUGGGGUUGGGGGUCAGCACCAGUAGAGAGGAAGCGUAACGCAAUUGGGUCUGUAUUUAUAACACAAAGCUUCAGCUUGCUUUGUGCUUCCAUAUUGCUGAUAAACAGGUAUGCAGCAUAGUUUUUGUGUGAGUUUAAAACACUGAUAGCUGUACAAUAUUUCAGCACAAUAACAGUAAGUUAGCAGUCUUGGCGCCCAGGUGGUGCAGCGGGAUAUUCCUCGGUUUGAAACUCGGUGUUGCCAUCGGUCGGCUGGGCGCCAUCUAGCGGGCAUAAUUGGCAGUGCCUGCAGCAGAUUCUAAUUGGCCACCGUAUCUGCAGGGUGGGGGCCGCACUAUCUACGAGUCUUCAUACGCUGCGUAAGGACCCUGAUUGGCGGAAGAGACGCCUGUGCAGAAUGCAGGGGCGAGAAGAGGAGGGCUGUGCACGUGUCGGAAGAGGCGUGUACAGUGACGUGCUCUCCUCGGAUUGCAAUCUGGUAUCUCUCAGCAGCGGAAGACAAAAUUGAGUGUGCUAAAUCGGGAGGAAAAUGUGGAGAAAAUGCAUUUAAAAAAGUUUUAGCAGUCUUAGUUAAGAACAGUAGAUGACAGGUAGAAAUUAUUGCAUUCAUUACUUUAUUGUCCUUCUCUCCAAAUGAAUUACAAUUCAUCAAAGCUUCCAUACAACCGCUCAUAAAGCUAAUGAUUCAUAACUGAGUUCUAAUGUGUAGUUUUACUGUAAUGCCAAGGGAGAUCAAGUAAGCAUGUAGAUGUGUUUUUUACUCUUCAAAAGAAAUCAACCAAGCAUAGCAGCAGCUCUGCAUUUACACCAAACAGACUCGACUGCUGCACUAAAGACGCCUUUUGUUUCAUAUUCCAAACCAAAACACAUGCGAGCUACUAAUGAGAAGAACAAAAUGAUUUGCAUAGUUUUCAACAUAAGGCACUUUUGAAGAAUAGAACUGGUUCGAAGUUUAGUUUUCUGCAUAUCGGCUGUUGGUUUGCCAUGUUAAACGGCAUUAAACGUUUACAAAUAAGAAAAAAAAGAUUUGUGCAUAUUAGUUCAUUCACUCAGGCUGUCUGAGGAAGAUUUCAGUCUUAAUAGAUAGUAGCUGUUACAUCUGGGUUUAAACCAUCUGUGUUUCUGGAUUAAAUGUUCCUUCCAUGUGAUGUGCUGUGGAUGAACAGGCAAAGAAACAUUCAAAAUAAAGUCUUUAAAAACAUA